CCAUCCGUUCCUUGUAGCGGGCGAACGGAUAGGACGUGAGCGGUUCGGCCUCAACUCGUCCAUUUCGUCCGCAUACGCUAAUCUGUCAAUAGCGACCGCUUUGUUCUUAAAUUUCUUUACGAAGUCCCUAUUAUCACAUCAAGAUGGGUAGGGAGGACAAAGCAACCUGGAAGUCCAACUAUUUCCUAAAAGUCGUGCAACUGCUCGACGAAUACCCGAGAUGUUUCAUCGUCGGCGCUGACAAUGUCGGCUCCCGUCAGAUGCAAACCAUCCGUAUGUCGCUCCGCGGUUCGGCCAUCGUGCUGAUGGGCAAGAACACCAUGAUGCGCAAGGCCAUCCGCGGGCAUCUGGAGAACAACCAGAACCUGGAGAAGCUGCUCAACCACAUCAAGGGCAACGUGGGCUUCGUGUUCACCAAGGGCGAUCUGGCCGAGAUCCGCGACAAGCUGACCGAGAGCAAGGUGCGUGCCCCGGCCCGUGCCGGUGCGAUCGCCCCGCUCGAGGUCGUCAUCCCGGCCCAGAACACCGGUCUCGGUCCGGAGAAGACCUCCUUCUUCCAGGCCCUGUCGAUCCCGACCAAGAUUUCCAAGGGUACGAUUGAAAUCAUCAACGACGUGCCCAUCCUGAAGCCGGGCGACAAGGUCGGCGCUUCCGAGGCCACGCUGCUCAACAUGCUGAACAUCUCGCCGUUCUCGUACGGUCUGCAGAUCCAGCAGGUGUACGAUUCGGGCUCGAUCUUCUCGCCGGAAAUCCUCGACAUCAAGGCGGAGGAUCUGCGCGCCAAGUUCCAGGCUGGAGUCGCCAACCUGGCUGCCGUGUCGCUCCAGAUCGGAUACCCGACGCUGGCUUCGGUGCCGCACAGCAUUGCCAACGGUUUCCGCAACCUGCUGGCCAUUGCCGCCGUCACCGAGGUUGAGUUCAAGGAGGCCGAAACGGUCAAAGAGUUCAUCAAGGAUCCGAGCAAGUUCGCCGCUGCCACGGCAACGACUGCUUCCGCUGCCGCCCCAGCUGCCAAGGCUGAGGAGAAGAAGGUGGAGUCCGAGUCCGAGGAUGAGGAUGAGGAUAUGGGCUUCGGUCUGUUCGAUUAAAUGCGACAGCAAGACUACGACCCACGCCGACCGCAUGCGCCAGCAACAGGUCGGUUGUUCCCAGACGGUGUGGUUCCCUGAGCUAUAUCUACUUUGGCACGGACGUUGUAGCUGCGAGCGUAUACUCGUCAAGGCUGGGGACGGCCCAAUGGCGACACGCUGGCCAUUCUUCUUGUUACGUACCAAAAUACGUAUUUUUCUGUGAAACCAACUGAAGAGCAAAGCACAUUAAAAGUAACACAAAAGCCGGUGAGUCAGAAUCGCAAGAGGAAACAAUCCGGAAACAAAAAAACAACAA